GGGAGGCUGGUGAGCGCGCGGCCCGAGAGUUCCCAACUGUGUGUGAUCGGGGAGAGGGACGCGGGGACGGUGAGGAGAAGUGACAGUUGCGGUCGCCUUACUAUGGCAAUCUAUGAAGUGUACUCCCACCCCCAUCUCAUCCGGUACAGAACCAGUGUCUGCUCCAAGGCCACCAUCUUCCUGAUCGCAGUGCUGAUCCUGACCUACAUCCCUCCACUACUCGUGUCCUACCGCAGCCAAGGAUUCUGGUUGAAGCGAAGCACAUACGAGGAGCAGCCCAAUGUUCGGUUCCAGUACCAGGUUUUACUGAUCGCCGUGAACAGUACCAGUGGAAGUUACGUGGCUUGGAGCACAUUUCAGCAUUUCAACAGCCUGAUAGGAGAGAGGCUGCGGAUUCCUCUGGUUUCGGCUCGUGAAGAGGACAGCAACCAAGAUGGUAAAAUGGACCGGCUGAAUUUCAGAUUGGAGCUUCCCCUGCUGCCCACAGAGAACGUGUACGGGGUGCAGCUUAUUCUGACCUUCUCAUACCAGCUCUAUAGGAUGUCUACAUUUGUAAUGCAGAGCAUGGCAUUCAUUCAGCAUGCGUCUCCACUUCCUGGAGCCCAGCUUUACAUCAACGGAGACCUGAGAUUACAACAGAGACAGCUGCUGAGACACCAGGGCCUGGACACCACCUACAAUAUUUCCAUAAUCAAUGGUUCCAGCCCGUAUGCAAGCUCUUAUGACCUCACAAACAUCCUAUCAUCCUAUCAGGAGAGGAACGUGACCACCGUUCUGAACAACCCGAGUCCAAUAUGGCUUGUUGGAAGAGGUGCAUCAGAUCCAUUUGUGGUCAGUGCGGUGAUCCGAUACCCUGUGGAGAUCUGCACAUAUCAGCCUGGAUUUUGGGAAAUGAUUAAAUUCGGCUGGGUUCAGUAUGUCAGCGUCCUGCUCAUCUUCCUCUGGGUCUUCGAGAGGGUGAAAAUCUUCGUCUUUCAGAACCAGGUCCUCACUACAGUCCAGUCUCUACCUUCGUCCUUAUUCAAGCAGCACCAGAGCUAA